GACGGCGGAAGUCAGCUGUUAACUGCAACAGGAGCACAACACAGUGGGAAACGUUUGAAUAUUAAAUGGACUCUCUCAGUAAGGGCAUGGCAGCGGAGGAGGGGACAGGUGUCGCUCGGACUCCGGUCUGUCUGUGUGUCCUCUGCGGGCUUCCUGCUUCCGGGAAGUCCACUCUGGCCCGCACGGUUCUGGGCAGCGCGGCACAGCUUGGAUGGAGAGCCUCUGUUGUGUCGUACGAUGACCUGAUUCCGCAGCAUGCUUUUCAGAUCAGAGCCGUCCAGAACAGCGGUGCUCAACUGACUGAGGUGCAAACUGAAUGGAAGUUACACAGACACACAGUGUUGCAGUGCAUUGAGCUGUUCCUUAAGACACCUGAGGUGAUGGCAGAGCCGCCAAGCAGCUUUCAGAUAAACGUAGACGCGUGGGAGCAGUGUGUCCGUGGUCUGCUGCGCCCUAAACCUAUGGACCACUCUCAGACUGACCGGACACCACUGAUCUUUAUUUUGGAUGACAACUUCUACUAUCCGAGCAUGAGAUAUGAAGUGUACCAACUUGCAAGAAAGUAUUCACUGGGGUUCUGCCAGGUGUAUCUACACUGUGAUUUGGAGUCCUGUAUCAACAGAAACCAGAGUAGACCUGAACCUGUUCCCACUGAGGUGAUACUGGACAUGGUGAAGCGUUUGGAGUCCCCAAACCCAGAGAAAAACCCAUGGGAGGAGCUGAGCAUUUUGCUCAACACGACAGACAAAUUAUCCACAUGUGACAUCCAGAGGGUGAUGGAGUUGAUCUCCUCUUCACUGAGAAACCCGCUGAGCCCCAUCGAGGACACCGCAGAACAAAAGGAAGCUGACCGUCUGAAAUGUGCCAUGAAUGUUGUUCAUCAAGCUGACCAGGCCUGUCGACGCCUCAUCUCAGAAGCCAUGAAGACAGCCAAAGAAAAUCACGUGUCUUCUGAGUAUAUGAGGUCUUUGGCCACACGGCUGAAUGAAGCCAAGGCGACAUUACUCUGCAGCCUGCGAGAGAAGGUGCUGCAAGAAACGUCCCUGGCUCAAGAAGAGGACAUUGAUGUGGAGCGCGUAGUGCAAAGAGCAGUGGAUGUUUUUGACCGUGACAGAAAGGAAAUCUUGAUGAGAAUCACUGGUGACCCUGAAUGACUUUUUCCACACAAAAACACAAUCAUGAGGCAUCACACAGCUUUGGAGACUUAAUUGUUUACAUUUAAUCUUGCUUUUCAGCUUGUCAACCACUGUGGCACCGAGUGAAAUAGUCUUGAAAAUUGUAUGGAUUAUUUAAUUCAUUUAUUUAAAAAAAAAAACUACUUUUCAUUUAUUUUUUAAAACACAUUUUCCUCCAAAUCCAUGUCCAACUCAAAAUAAGCCACUGUGUAGUAUCUAUGUACCACAGUUUUUGCAUCUGGAGUAUGAAACGUUGAUCAGGCAUUUUAAUUUUGUUAAUCGGGAUACAUGACACACUUAAGAUUAAGAGGGUUUAUAUUGCAGUUACCUCAGUCAAUCACAUUAAACAAAUUUAGCUUCAUCUUGACAUUCAACUACAACUUAAAAAUAUGGUGAAAUAAAAUAACAUUACAGUAAAGUUGCAUCACAAUAAGUCUUUAAGACACAGGGUUCUGAAUCUUUACAGUGCCUCAUAGCAGCUACAGCACUUUAAAGAAGUGGCUACAGUGACAUUUUAUUAUACACAAAAGAUUGAUACAUGACCACAAAACUAUUCAAGACAGCUUAAAAAAGUUUUUUUUUUUUUUUAAAAAA